CUUCCGGUGAGGAAGGGAAAGGCGGGGGCGCCACCGGAAGCGAGGAAGGUGCUGUGUAAUCACCCAGCAAGCUGAGGUCCUUGGAUCUCCUAAAAUGCCGGAUUACCUCGGUGCAGAUCAGCGGAAAACCAAAGAAGAUGAGAAGGACGACAAGCCCAUCCGAGCUCUGGAUGAGGGGGAUAUUGCCUUGUUGAAAACUUAUGGUCAGAGCACUUACUCUAGGCAAAUCAAACAGGUUGAAGAUGACAUUCAACAACUUCUCAAGAAAAUUAAUGAGCUCACGGGUAUUAAAGAGUCUGACACUGGCCUGGCCCCACCAGCACUCUGGGAUUUGGCUGCCGAUAAGCAAACACUCCAGAGUGAACAGCCUUUGCAGGUUGCAAGAUGCACAAAGAUAAUCAAUGCUGAUUCGGAGGACCCGAAGUACAUUAUCAACGUGAAGCAGUUUGCCAAGUUUGUGGUGGACCUCAGUGAUCAGGUUGCACCUACGGACAUUGAAGAAGGGAUGAGAGUUGGUGUGGACAGAAAUAAGUAUCAGAUUCACAUUCCACUGCCUCCUAAGAUUGACCCAACAGUUACCAUGAUGCAGGUGGAGGAAAAACCUGAUGUUACAUAUAGUGAUGUGGGUGGCUGUAAGGAACAGAUUGAGAAACUUCGAGAAGUAGUUGAAACCCCAUUACUUCAUCCAGAGAGGUUUGUUAACCUUGGCAUUGAGCCUCCUAAGGGUGUGCUGCUCUUUGGUCCACCGGGUACAGGCAAGACACUCUGUGCUCGGGCAGUUGCUAAUAGGACUGACGCUUGCUUCAUUCGAGUUAUUGGAUCUGAACUUGUACAGAAGUACGUCGGUGAGGGGGCUCGAAUGGUUCGAGAGCUCUUUGAAAUGGCCAGAACAAAGAAAGCCUGCCUUAUCUUCUUUGAUGAAAUUGAUGCUAUUGGAGGGGCUCGUUUUGAUGAUGGUGCUGGGGGUGACAAUGAAGUGCAGAGGACCAUGUUGGAGCUGAUCAAUCAGCUGGAUGGGUUUGAUCCUCGAGGCAACAUUAAAGUUCUGAUGGCCACAAACAGACCUGACACUCUGGACCCAGCACUGAUGAGGCCCGGGAGACUGGACAGGAAGAUUGAGUUUAGCUUACCUGAUCUAGAGGGUCGGACUCACAUUUUUAAGAUUCAUGCCCGUUCAAUGAGUGUUGAAAGAGAUAUCAGAUUUGAAUUGUUAGCACGACUGUGUCCAAAUAGCACUGGUGCUGAGAUCAGAAGCGUCUGCACAGAAGCUGGUAUGUUUGCCAUCCGAGCACGGCGAAAAAUUGCUACUGAGAAGGAUUUCUUGGAAGCUGUAAAUAAGGUCAUCAAGUCCUAUGCCAAAUUCAGUGCUACUCCGCGCUAUAUGACAUACAACUGAGCCCUGGAGGUGUUCGUGAAAACACUUUUCACUGGAAUCCUAACGUUAUACAGACUUCUUAAUAACCAUUUCACACACAAAAUAAAUGGUUUUCAAAAUUG